AUGAGUACCGAAGAAAAGACCAGAGUCUCUGGCGAGGUCUCUCGACCCGAGGGCACUAUUCUGCCCACUGUCAACCCCGAUACCCAGAAGCCUGAGCCUCCCAAGGCCGCUCUGCACCCAGCUUUCUACGUUGCAACAUGGAUUGGUCUCUCUUCCUCCGUCAUUCUGUUCAACAAAUGGAUUCUGGACACCCUCGAGUUCCGUUACCCCGUCAUUCUAACGACCUACCACUUGACUUUCGCGACCAUUGCAACCCAGCUCAUGGCUCGAUACACUUCGCUGCUUGAUGGCCGCAAGACUGUCAAGAUGACUGGUCGCGUCUACCUCCGCGCAAUUGUUCCGAUCGGCUUGUUCUUCAGUUUGAGCUUGAUCUGCGGUAAUCUGACCUACCUGUACCUCAGUGUUGCCUUUAUUCAGAUGCUCAAGGCUACAACUCCCGUCGCUGUGCUCCUCUCCUCCUGGUCGAUGGGUAUCGCUGCUCCCAACAUGAAGAUUUUGAUGAACGUUUCGGCCAUUGUUGUCGGUGUCAUCAUUGCUUCCUUUGGCGAGAUCAAGUUUGUCUGGAUCGGUUUCAUUUACCAGAUUGGUGGAAUCAUCUUCGAGGCCAUCCGCCUGAACUUGGUUCAGGCUCUUCUGAGCUCCGCUGAGUACAAGAUGGACCCUCUGGUCUCUCUGUACUACUUUGCUCCUGUCUGCGCUGUCAUGAACGGCAUCGUUGCCCUGCUCUGGGAAGUGCCCAAGGUUACCAUGCCAGAGGUCUACCACGUCGGACUGUCGACUUUCUUCCUGAACGGUCUUUGCGCGUUCCUUCUCAACGUCUCCGUUGUCUUCCUGAUUGGCAAGACUUCGUCCCUCGUCAUGACCCUCUGCGGUGUCCUCAAGGAUAUUCUCCUCGUGGCUGCUUCCAUGUUCAUUUGGGGUACCCCCAUCUCCGGCCUCCAGGCUUUCGGUUACACCAUUGCGCUGUGCGGCAUGGUUUACUACAAGCUCGGACUCGAUGCUAUCAAGGGCUAUGCUGCUGAGGGUGUUCGUCAGUGGGCCGAAUUCGGCAACUCUCGCCCCGUCCUUCGCAAGGUCAUCGUCAUCGUCGGUGCUCUCUUCUUCCUCUUCGCUCUCUUUGGCGGUCUGGCUCCCAGUUAUGGCGCUGACUACCGACCCUACCUCGGCGAGACGGCUGCCAAGUACGGCAUUGGCUCGUAA